ACAAUGGCAACUGCACCUUACAACUAUUCCUACAUCUUUAAGUACAUCAUUAUUGGGGACAUGGGUGUAGGAAAGUCCUGUUUGCUUCAUCAAUUUACAGAAAAGAAGUUUAUGGCAGACUGUCCCCACACAAUUGGUGUUGAAUUUGGCACAAGAAUAAUUGAAGUUAGUGGCCAAAAAAUUAAACUACAGAUUUGGGAUACAGCAGGACAAGAGAGAUUCAGGGCUGUCACACGAAGCUACUACAGAGGAGCAGCAGGAGCUCUCAUGGUCUAUGACAUUACCAGAAGAAGUACGUAUAAUCACUUAAGCAGCUGGUUGACAGAUGCAAGGAAUCUCACCAAUCCAAAUACUGUGAUAAUCCUCAUAGGAAAUAAAGCAGAUCUGGAAGCACAGAGGGAUGUUACAUAUGAAGAAGCCAAACAAUUUGCUGAAGAAAAUGGUUUAUUGUUCCUUGAAGCAAGUGCAAAAACCGGAGAGAACGUUGAGGAUGCGUUCUUGGAGGCUGCCAAGAAAAUCUACCAGAAUAUCCAAGAUGGAAGCCUGGAUCUGAAUGCUGCAGAGUCGGGUGUACAGCACAAACCGUCAGCUCCGCAGGGGGGGCGGCUAACCAGCGAACCCCAGCCCCAGAGAGAAGGCUGUGGCUGCUAGUGACCUCUGUUCCAUGGCUCCAUUUCUGACCCUUCACCUCUGUCUGCUGGAGGCGGUGCUUUUGACUGCUUCCCUGUCUUCUGUACAUCUUAUUGGGUUUAAUUAAAACUCUGAGACAAGUUUAACACAGUACUAAACUGCUAAACAACUUUAGAUGUAAUCAGGUUAUCAAAGGCAAGUAGAGUAAUAAAACCUCUCCUGCAUGGUAAAUCUAGAAGUUUUUUUUUUUUUUUUUUCCUUGAUUGUCCUUGUGAUAGUGUCACCGAUACAUAAUUUAAACUGAGCACUGAUGCUGGACUCAUGAUUUUACACUUUCGCAGGGCUUUGUCUUGUACGGUUUAAUUUUAUGGUUCUUUGGCCUUUCUUCCCCACCUCUAACUGUUUAGAGCUGUCCAUAGUAAAGGAUAAGUUUUUGCUGUGAAAUGACUUCCGAUGGUAGCGAGGGGCUCUGUAACCAUGUGCUUUUGUUGAAAGAAUUCCCUGUGGUGUGUGUGCUGGGGGUCGGGGCGGGCUGGCGCGGGAACGUGCAACUUGCACAGGGAAACAAUCCAUUCAUUCUUGUGCUCAUAGCUUUACGUCGGGUUUUUUUGCCACUUUUAUCCUUUACAUUUGUUAACAGAACGUAAAUAUGUAUAAAAUUUGAAGGAACUGAGCUAACAGUUAAAUACAUCCUGUGUAUAUGAUUUUAAUGAAGAAAAUGAUUACUGGCAUUAGAACAGUAUAUAAGAAAAUAUCAGUUUGUACAGUAUGUGACCACGCUGCCCCGCUAGUACAGAAAUCGAUGUAACCGCAGUUCACUAACUUAGGCUUAGCUCCUUGGUGUUGCCAGUGGACAUUGUGCCGGGGGAGCUCUAAUCCCGAUGCAGAAUCUAACACUAGUGGAAUCUCUUUCAUCGUUGCACUGUGGUGUAUCGAUGCCAUUUUAUUAAUCCUGUUCUGUGCAAUCAGCAGUGUGCUAACCUGCUUCUCUCUUCUGUAAGCUUUUUGCAUUCUUGGGCUUCAUCACCUGCCUCGCAUCGUAUACCAAGGCUGGUUCUCUUGCACAUCUUACGCUUUUAUACCUUUAACUUUCUGAAUGGUCAGAGGCUGAACUGGACAGUCGGAACAAGGCGUGUGCUCUCUAGGGAUUUUUAACUACUCUUGUAUUUUUAACAGUCCUGGUUGAGGGUUUCUUUUACGACUUGGGCUUUCUCAUCAAGCCUUUGAGUACAUCCUUCACGGGGCGGCACAACCUGUACUGUGGAGAUGAAGGGGUGAUGUCAAGCGGUGGCUGCACGUGUGGGGGUUGCUGUGGUGUCAGACAGGACCCGGGUGUUCUGCAGAGAGUGCUGCUCUGUCUCACACAAGGCUUCACUUUGGAAGAGAUCACAUGUGGUUUAAGAGUGGAAGGGGGUGAGUGCUUAACCAUGAUCAAAUGUCCUACUUCAGUCUUACUGCAGUGUUUAAAAUACAAAGUAGUCUUAAAAUCCCUCCCUAGACACUAAAACUAUCCAAUGUUCAGACUUGUAAGUAAACAGUGGUACCAGAGUAUUGUACAGUCAAUGUUAAAUAAAAGCCAAAACUGGAAUGUGCAGACAAUAGGAUUUGGAUAACUUGUGCACUGUCCCUUUGUUUUGUCUGGUUAGUCCUUUUUUUAAGUAAUAUUCUGAAGUAGAUGGGUAUGUUCAAGAUCUACAGCUAAUGCAUCCUGCUUAAACCGAGGUUGCACCACGCAGGGUGUGCCCAGGGACCACAAGCUGCUGCUGCUGUGAAGUUGGAUGAAGUGAAUGUUCUCAUGACUACAGCGUGUCGAGGUGCAAUCCCUGUAUUCCCAGAAUCAGUUACAGUAGGUCUUGUUUCUGUCACAGAAAGGAGCUGUUUGGACUGCUGUACUCCUCAUUUGAUGUAACAAUGCUAUUAAUCUAAAUAUUUGUAAAUAAAGUACCUGUAUCUAGAUAAA